GACUAUUUCCUUAAAAUAUGUUGACUGCUAAAAGACACAAAUUAAACUAUGAAGAUGAAAAAUAAUGAUUUAAGAAUAUUGUAAAUAUGCUUACGUAAAUGACGCAUGUUCUAUUAUAUAUAAUGAAAAAGGUUUAACUUGUCUCAAAACAUAAUUUAGACAAAUUAAAUAUAUAUAAUCAUAUAUUUUUUUAAUGUGUCAAGCACAAUGUAAAAAUAACAAAUAUACGGUAAAAUUAAUACGACACGUGCAACGCACGUGCACCUGUCUAGUCCCUUUAAAAACCCUAAACCUUCACACUGCGGAUAGAACGUCGUCGUUUUAACAGGCAAGAAACCCUUUCCCCCUUUUCAUCUCACAGUCAAUUGAUUCCUUGAUGUCCAAUUUGUGACCUAUAAUCAUGGCUGCUCCACUCGUACGCAGGAGUUUAACCAAUCUAUUCCCCAAAAAUUCUUCUUCUCUAUACAAAUCCCAUGUUUUUUAUACUCAAAAUUUAUCGACAAUUAGCGAAAAUCAACCCAUCGACGCGCCUACAGUUUCCGAUUUCUUGAUGCAGAAGCACAAUUUCUCUCCCGAAGCAGCUUCGCAGGUGGCCGCUGGUUUAACUUCGUUGAAAACCCUAGAAAAUUCCGAUUCAAUUCUGUCGUUCCUCAAAGAGAGCGGGUUUUCGAGCACCCAAUUGGAAAGGGUAGUGAAAUACCGGCCCGCAUUCCUCUCCGCAAAUCUCGAGAAAAUCAUCAAGCCCAAAAUUCGGAUUUUCCAAGAUUUGGGGUUUUCCGCCGAUGAAAUUUCUCUGAUUAUACCCUUGGUUUUGCAUUCGAGUGUUAAUAACAGACUAAUCCCUUCUUUAUCCGUGCUUAAGAACUUAUUAGGAACCGAUUUGCAAGUGGCGAAAGUUUUAAAGGUUUCGGCUUGGUUUUUGGUGACAGAUUUAGAAAAAAGUUUGGUACCGAAUGUCGAAUUCUUGAAAAGUUGUGGGGUAAGCGUAAACCAGAUAAUCAAGCUCAUGUAUAUAGUCCCGCGUGUUUUCUUGAGUAAGCCGGAAAACAUGAAGAAAUUCGUCGAAAAGGCCGACGAAAUGGGGGUUAGUAGGAAAUCAGGUAUGUUUAUUUACGCGGUUCGUGUAGUUAGUUCGAUGACGGACGAGAGUUGGGAGAUGAAGGUGAAGACUUUUCGGAGUUUGGGAUUUUCGGAUAAUGAUAUCUCGAGAGUGUUGAGAAAUGCGCCGAUGGUGUUUUCCGUGUCGGAGAAUAAGAUAAAGAAGAUUGUGGAGGUUUUGGUCGGGACCGGGAAAUACGACAUGCGGCGUAUUGUGAACAACCCGACUUCGCUUAUGUACAGUGUCGAGAAAAGGUACUUGCCUCGGUUGAGGGUUUUGGAGGUUUUGGAAAAACGGAAUCUUAUUAAGAAGUGGCCUUGUCUCGGAACUUUCCACUUGCUUUCGGAUUCGAAGUUUUUCAAGAAAUUUGUCGCCCCUUAUUUAGAUGAAGUUGGCGAAGUGUACGACGGGAGAUGAAUGAAAACUUGCUUGA